AUGAAACAUCAACAAGAUCCAAGCAUGUUUAAACGUCCUUACUUACAAUUCGCAAUUCUUAUCUUUGAUCUCUCGAUAUGUAUUUUGGUUUUAGUACUUAUCGGUCUAAACUGCUCGAAAAGAAUAGACAUAUCAGAUACAGUUCCCAUGCUAUUAAUGAACUUAGUUAUCAUGCAUAGCACGAUUACUGCUAUAGCUUACGCAGUCGAUGCGAAAGAUUGGGUUGCACUUUUAAAAGGUCCGAGGAGCAUAUCUCCGACGAGCAUUUCAAUCAGCGAUAAUAAUAGAACGGAAGAACUUCAAUUCGAAACAGAUGUUGCUUUAACCAGAAAGACUCGACGUAAACGCAGUCGCCAAGCAGCUCCGGGUUCUGACAAAAUGGUAAACAUUCAAUGA